AUGGCUAAGGCCCGCGGGAGCGCUCCAGUGGUUCACGCCGCACAUUCUGACAGCCUCUUCACACCCGGUUGCGCCAUGGACUUGUCCCAUUUAACACGGCCGGGCAUCCUCUGCCAAUGCUCGCGGUGCUCGAGCUCACUCGCCGCCCUGGAGAACGAAUGGGCAAAGCUGUCGAAUGCCUACUCAAUCCCGACAGCAUGGCUCAGUGUCGACCUCCAUCGCAUUUCAGUUUCCUCGGAGCGAAAGCAAAUUCCAAACACAUCUGACAUGACUCUGCUACGCGGGCGCGUCAUUCAGGAGGUAUCUUGCAAGCUAUGCCAGCAGAGGAUGGGAGUUUUGUGUCCCCUGGAUAAUGGGAUGAAUAUAUUGUGGAAAAUGUCGAAAGUUGCUUUCAGAGAAAUCGUCACCAUGCGAACCGUCCAGCCGCUGUUCAAACAAGGGGCACUCGAACGAUUGAUAUGUCCGCCGAAAGAACCUUUGCGCCGGAACUCCGACUUGCUGCAAGACAGCGCGCUAGUGCCGGCUGGCUGUACGGACCCUGCAUCGCUUGAUCCAUCAAUGCAAAAGCAAAUGCUUCACCAGGGUAGAAGCAUCGAUCAAAUAUCAAAUUCGGUGAACCACCUUCAGGAUACAAUGUCGGAUCUCAAACACUCCUUUACAGCGCUACGAAUUGAGCUGAAUGGGCCCAGCAGGAACAUGGGGGAGGGAUCCCGACUUCAGGGACACGACUUCGAUAUGAUUGCGACAGUGCUCAAGGAGCUCAAGUCCAAAUCGGAAGAGAUCGAAAAACUGAAGUUGGAGAUUGAAGCUCUGAAGUUGAAGAAUCGAUACAUGGGAGUGGCUCCUCCUCCGCAGCAGCAAGAUUCAUUGUCAGUCAUGAAUAUGAAUGCUGCACUCCCGGAGGUUCGGAGCCCUGGGUUGCUGCAGGCUGGUCGGAAACGUACCUGGCCCGACGCAUUCCCAAUCGAUCGCCAACAAGCAAUUGCGGACUCCUUUGAUGAGGAUGACAUGGUAGACGAUUUUGCUCUAUCUGACCCUGCAGUACCUCCUGCCCGCAUCCCGCUCAACGACCAGAGUCCGCAGUCCAUCCCAAAUGGCCAUACCACAGAAUAUGAGGCGGGGUCCACGGGUUCCCAAGCUACUUCCGAAAAACCUCAAAAUUUCCUAAUUUCAGUUCCAUCUCGGCCCGGAACACCUCCACAACCCAUAGCGAAACGUCCACGACUAAGCCAGCAACCCGAAAACGGUACACAAGCAGCGGCUGCUGAGCCGGCUGCCACCCAGAGGAAGUCUGGCAGACCGAGAAAAUCGAUCAGCCAGCCGAAUAAACCUGCCACUACUCAAUCACCAAACACAGCACCACCCACCACACAGGAUGAUGCUGAAUCAAACCCUCCAGCAGGUACAUUGCGGCGUCGGCGAUCCCGUCGCAGCCUUCGGGAACAAUCUCCAGGUCCGAUCCCCACCGACCAUGAUGGUUCGGAAAUCACCCAACAACCCUCAAACCAAACUAACGCCACUGGAACUCAGUCGGCGCCCAACAAAAAGAGCAAGCGCAACCCUAGCUCGCCUAAAGGAAACAUCGCCGAUGGUCCAUAUCACAGUGCCGAUGAGGCCGCUAUGAACGAGAAGCGGAAAGCAAAAGUCGCGGCGCGGGACGUCAUGGCUAAGAUGGCACUACAACACGAAGAGGCCUUGGAGGCUGGAAACACCCGAUAG